AUGGCCGCGAGGGCGACAUCCCCAUCGUGUGUGGUGAAUCGUGAAUCGCCGGCCGCCAGCAUAGGCGCCAUGCUGGCGUUCAGCGCGGACCCAUCCCUCUGUGAGAAAUUGGGAUUGGACCAACACCAAGUCGUCCUUUUCGGCCUGGAGGGUGCCACCGAUCCCGAGAUCUACGAGUCCCUGGUGGGCAAGUCGCCUGUCGCCGUCCUUUGUAUCCUUUUGCUGCAAGACCCAACACCAUUAGCUGCUCUCUAG